AUGGGUUCCCUUAAUGAUACCGACUGCAGGCCGGUAGGAUCUUACCCGCCGUCGGGUAUCGAUGUCUUAAUUGUUGGUACCGGGCUUGCGGGACUAACGGCGUCUAUUGAAUGCACGCGCAAGGGACACAACGUGCGCAUUAUUGAGCGCCAUGAUGAUAUUAAUACCGCAGGCGAUAUGUACUUCAUGGGCCACAGUGCUACUAAGUUCUUCCGUCACUGGCCUGAGCUAUCGAAAGAGUAUGAGCUGAUAUCUAUGAAUAAUGCCUGGAUUGAGACCUUCAAGCAUGUCGGAGAAAGGAUGAUAACGCCACUAAAGGUUUCAGAGCGUCUGCGUCAGGAUGGUAUGGAUCCAAACACGCCGCCCGGCGCUUUUCAGAUGCGACCGCUCAUCUACCGGAUGUAUCUAAACGAAGUCCAGAGGCAAGGAAUUAAAAUCCAAUUCGGCCAGCGCGUCGUCGACUACUAUGAGGACCAAGAACGUCAGAAGGCAGGCGUCGUGACGGACAAGGGCGAGCGCUUCGAAGCCGACGUCGUAAUCGCCGCGGACGGCGUUGGUUCUAAGGGCCAAAAGCUGGUAGGCGGGCAAGUUAGAGCGAUGAGUGCUGGCAGAGCCAUGUGGCGAGCAGCUUUCCCAAUACACCACUUAGACAAGAACCCUAAGCUUAAAGAGUUCUUGAAAAUGGGUGGACCGAACAACGACGAGCCAAUGGUCAGAACAUGGCUUGGCCCCGGAAUGUACGCCAUGGUCCUGAUUCGUCAGGAGACCUGCGUGUGGAUUAUGAACCACGAUAUUACCGGCUCCGAGGAAGAAAGCUGGACUCAUACCGUCGAAUCAGACGACGUAUUAAAUAACAUCGACAAAGGGCUGGGUCCGUUCACUUGGGACCCUAGGAUCAAGGAGCUCGUCAAGCUGACACCAUCCAAGACUAUCGUCAACUUUGAACUAUUCUGGCGCGAUCCCCAACCGACUUGGACUUCUCCUGGCGCCCGCGUGGUUCUCAUUGGCGAUGCCGCGCAUUCUUUCCUGCCCGCCUCGGGCAACGGCGCUACGCAGGCCAUCGAAGAUGCCGUCUCGUUAGCUUCCUGUCUCCAGAUUGGAGGAAAGCAGAACGUACCAGAAGCAGUAAGCACACAUGUGCGUCUCCGCUUCAUCCGAUGUUCCUGCGCGCAAAAGAUGGGAUUCACCAAUGCAGAGCUUCUCCAGCACACCAACUGGGAGAAAGUCAAGCUCAACCCAAAGCUGGCGCAGCCUAAGCUCCCGAGAUGGAUCUGGAAGCAUGACCCUGAGCAGUACGCUUACGAGAACUACGAGAAGAUGGCUGAAACUAUUAGGAAGGGAAUUCCCUUUGAUCAAGUCGACACGGUGCCGCCAAACUAUCCGCCCGGCUAUAAAUAUGAGCCCUGGAAUAUCGAUGACAUGCAGAGAGACGUGGAUAACUCUACUGUCAACAUGGGUUCGGGAGACUGGGACUAA